UUUCUAGUUUUCUUACUUUUUUACUCAAAGCGAUCGGUUCGGUGAAAAUUCAACGGAGAAAAUCGACAGGCAAAGGUGCUCUGGUUCGUUCGUUCAACAAUUGUUUUAUAACAACACCAACACGUACCCGAUAUUUUUGGAAAAAAUAAAAACAAAUUUAUACAUAUUCUCGAAGAAGAAGUUGAAAACAAAAAAAUUAACAAAUUAGAGAAAAGCAUCUUCAAGACGAGUAGAGAGAAAGACUGCAGCUUAAGGUGUAACGAAUUCCACCUAAUUCCAUAUUGUUAUUAAUCCAUCAUGUUGCACAGCCCCAAACCGGUGAAGAAGGUGCCACUUCAUUUGCAGAGUGCCCAAAAUCGAGUGUACAUUAAAAAUGGUCAGGUCGUCAAUCACGACGGAACAUUUAAGGCUGACGUUUACAUAGAGGAUGGCAUUAUCAAAUUUGUUGGACCAGCUUCGGAAAUAAAUGUUCCCGGAGGCGUACGUGUAAUCGAUGCAUCAGGACGCAUGAUUUUACCGGGUGGCAUUGAUCCCCAUACGCAUUUCCAAUUAAAGUUCGGUGGUGCUGUAUCAGUUGACGAUUUCUAUCAUGGCACAAAAGCUGCCAUUGCAGGAGGCACAACUACUAUAAUUGAUUUUGUUUUACCCGAUAAGGGAGAAUCCUUGAUCGAUGCCUAUCACAGAUGGCGUUCUUGGGCUGAUCCCAAAGUUUGUUGCGAUUAUGCUCUGCAUGUGGGCGUUACAUGGUGGUCUAAGUUGGUAUCGGAUGAAAUGAAAAUUUUAUGCCAGAAUCUGGGCAUCAACUCCUACAAAAUGUUUAUGGCCUAUAAAGGUCUAUAUCAGUUGAAUGAUUCAGAUUUGUUGGACAGCUUUGAACGUAUUCGGGAGUUGGGUGGUGUAGCACAGGUACACGCUGAGAAUGGUGACAUUAUAGCUAAGAAUGUGGGUAAGCUUUUGUCAGCCGGCAUUAAAGGUCCUGAGGGCCAUGAAAUGUCCCGCCAGGAGGAAGUAGAGGCUGAGGCUGUACAUCGAGCUUGUAUUUUAGCUCACCAGGUGGAUUGUCCUCUAUAUGUGGUGCAUGUCAUGAGCAAAUCUGCUGGCAUCGAAUUGGCCAGAGCACGUCAGCGUUAUAAGAAUCGUGGUAUUUAUGGUGAGACUUUGGCUGCUGCGUUGGGCACGGAUGGAACCCAUUGCCAUAACAAAUGUUUCCAUCAUGCCGCAGCUCAUGUGCUUAGUCCUCCCUUGAGGCCAGAUCCGUCUACUCCAGAGUUUAUGAUGAAGUUGUUGGCUAACGAUGAUCUCCAAACCACAGGCAGUGACAAUUGCACAUUUAAUAGAGAGCACAAGGAGCUGGGCAAGGACAAUUUCACCAAAAUCCCGAAUGGUGUCAACGGUGUUGAGGAUCGCAUGUCUGUCUGUUGGGAAAAGGGUGUACAUGCUGGCCUUCUAGACCCAUGCCGCUUUGUUGCUGUUACCAGUACCAAUUCAGCCAAAAUCUUUAAUCUUUACCCUCAAAAGGGUCGAAUAGCUGUUGGCUCUGAUGCCGAUGUUGUCAUAUGGAAUCCCAAUGCCACGCGUACCAUCUCCAAAGAAACUCAUCACCAUCGAUGUGAUUUCAAUAUUUUUGAGGGAAUGGUUUGUCAUGGAGUACCCGAAAUUGUAUUAGUUCGUGGACGUGUUUGUGUUGAAGAAGGCAAUGUUCGAGUAGCGGAAGGAUAUGGAAGAUUUUUGAAUACACCAGUGCGUCCACCCUUCAUCUACGAUGUCAUGGAGGGAAAAGUUCCCACAACUGAGGAAAGUAAUGGCAAUGCAACCAAUGAGGCUUUAAAUGGCAAUAUGAAAAAUAUGGAUUUAAGGGCCUUGGACAGCGAAGUCUCAUAUCAGAAACCCAUUUCUCAUACAUUGCUGAGCGCGGCCAGUGUUCCCGGCGGCCAGGUGUCUCCUCACAGCCCCACAGGCCUUGCUCACGUUGAAGGUGCCCGCAAUAUGCAAGAGUCCACCUUUUCGAUAAGUCAGGAAAUUGACCAAAAUGGCCCUAGAUCAUCAAUUAAGGUACAUAACCCGCCUGGAGGCAAAUCAUCGGGAUUCUGGUGAAUGUUGCAUCUGUUCAUGAUUUGGAUCGUUUUGUGUUGUUUGUGAAUAUGCCUAAAUUUAUUUAAGUUAAUGACAUUGACGCAUCUCCUAAGGUUUACAUUUACUUAAUUUAUUGAAAUAAAUAAAAUAAAUCAUUUCAUCAUCAA